AUGAAGACGGAGAGCGGCGCGCAGCCGGCGCCGUUCGGCGGCCGGAAGCAGAGCCUCAUCGAGGACGCGCGGCGGGAGCGCAGCAGCGGCGGGAGCGGCUCCGCGGGCUCCCCGGGGCCUCCGGGGCCACCGGGACCACCGGGACCCUCCCGGCACGGAGACGGCUUCGUGUUCGAGGAGAAGGCCGGCCGGGCCACGCUGACCCUGCUGUUCGGCCUCAGCAACGACAAGCACGCGGGCUUCUUCAAAACCGGGAAGAUAUUCGAGACGUUUGAGGCCAAACUUCUGCACAUCGAGAGCCGCCCGGGGAGGAAGUCCAAGAACAGCACGACGGACCUGGAGUUCUUCAUGAAGUGUGAGGUCCACAGCGCCGACCGGGACGUGUUCAUCAACUCCCUGAGGACGGUGGUGGACGACGUGCGCUCCAUUCCGGAGGAAAAAGUGCCCUGGUUCCCCCGGCAGCUCAAAGACCUCGACAGGUGCAACAUGGUAAUCACCAAAUUUGAUCCGGACAUGGACCAGGACCACCCAGGAUUCAGCGAUCCCGAAUACAGGAAAAGACGAGCGUUCAUCUCGGAGCUGGCCUCCACGUACAAACAGGGGGAGCCGCUGCCCACCGUGGACUACACGGCAGAAGAAGUGGCCACAUGGAGGGAGGUGUACCUGCAGCUGAGGAGAGUCUACCCCAGCCUGGCCUGCAGCCAGUUCCUGGCCGGGCUGCAGCAGCUGGAGGAGGAGUUGGGCUACGGGGGGGAGCGCAUCCCUCAGCUCAGGGAGGUGUCCGCCUUCCUGAAAGAGAGAACCGGGUUCCAGCUGCGGCCCGUGGCCGGCCUGCUGUCCGCCAGAGACUUCCUCAGCAGCCUGGCCUUCCGGGUGUUUCAGUGCACGCAGUACAUCCGCCACCCCUCGGCGCCCAUGCACUCCCCCGAGCCGGACUGCUGCCACGAGCUGCUGGGCCACGUGCCCAUGCUGGCGGACGGAGAGUUCGCCCAGUUCUCACAGGAGAUCGGCCUCUCCUCGCUCGGAGCUUCGGACGAAGACAUUGAGAAAUUGUCAACGCUCUACUGGUUCACGGUGGAGUUCGGCCUCUGCAAGCAGAACGGGGUGGUGAAGGCGUACGGCGCCGGCCUGCUGUCGUCCUACGGGGAGCUGGUUUACGCUCUGUCCAACGAGCCGCAGUACAAGCCCUUCGACCCCGAGGAGACGGCGACGCAGCCGUACCAGGACCAGACCUACCAGCCCGUCUACUUCGUCUCCGAGAGCUUCGAGGACGCCAAGACCAAACUGAGGAGGUUCUCGGCCAGCAUCAAGCGGCCCUUCGCGCUCCGAUACGACCCGUUCACCUGCAGCGUGGAGGUUCUGGACCGGCCCGGCAAGAUCCAGAAGAGCCUGAGCCACAUGAGGGAAGACCUGAAGACCCUCCACGGAGCCCUGGAGAGGUUCAGCUCCUCUUGGAGGGAGGAGGAGAAGAAUGAGGAGAUGGAGAAGGAAGAGGAGAAGAAAUAGAAAAGGAGGAGAAGAAAGAGGAGGAGAAGAAGAACACCUGGUCUGAGAUCCACUAACCCACCCCAUAGUUCUGGUCAUUUAUUUGUGUAUUAUGUAAAAAAUAAAUAAACGUCUAUUUUCAUGAA